AUGGCUGGUUUCCAACUGAUUCUUGAUGAAGAUGUAAAAGACCUGAUGUUACAGUUUCAAAAUGAUAAACCAACGAGGGACGAGAUAGAGAAAAUCAUUGAAAAAUACUCAUCCCUCAAUCGCACUUUCUUGUCUGCAAAAUUCGACGUUGUUUUAAGUGUGCUGCAAGAAAUCCAAGCCAACACUCUUAAUCAAGAGAGCAGUAAUAGUGUUCACCCUUCGGGAUCAAGUGUUUCACCUACAGAGGCCACUUCAAAAUCCAAAGAUAUCCAAAGUUCGAAAAUGAAGGGCAAGGAUCCAGACUCGAAAAUCGAGCUUAGAGCUGAGACUGCUAAGUUAUCAAGAGGGACACUACACAAAGCUGCAAUCAACGGUCGAUGUGACGUCAUCAAAGUACUUCUUGAAAGUGGUGAAGAUGUCGACCAAACAGAUAAGUUUAAUUUGACGCCUCUUCACCUUGCUGCAUGGUAUGGACAGAGAGCUGUUGUAAAACUCUUGUUACACCACGGUGCAAAUGUCAAUGCUGUAGAUAGGUUUCAGAAAACAGCUCUACAAAAAGCUUAUCGCAACAAUCACCGAACCAUAGUUGAGCUGCUCCUGAGGAAUAAGGCGAGUCCCAGCUACAACCAACCGCCUAGCCUCAAGUCUCUCUCAGAAAAAGCUUUUCUGCACGUAGAUAUACGAUCCGGCUUCAAUCGACUACACGCGGCUGUAUUUCAUGGUGACUAUGACACCUUUUGGAAAACUCAUGCCUAUCUUGAUAAUUACGUUCAAGACAUGAGUUUUCAAAAAACAGGAAGCCAAGCAAAGGCUUUCCCUGGAAAAACUGCGUUAGAAAUUCUCUUGGCUCAGCAAGAAAAAGGAGAAGGAAAUUUUGGUAUAGAAAAAAUGUACAAAGAGAUCGUUGAGACAAUCGAUACAUUAACUGAUGAAUGUGAAAUACGAAGAGAAUGUAAAUGAUAGAUUAUUUCUUGUUCGUGGGAAAGACAGAGGAAAAGCAGCCUGGCUUUAUGUCCUAGUAAAGAGAACUGUUUUUCCCUUGUUCUUGAGGCGGACUCAAGGUGGUAGUCUUAACGUUGCUAACUUUGGCCAAGUCCUCAAAUCUGGUUGGGGAGAGGAUCCUCCCGGGAGCGUAAGAGUAGAAUUUGCCGAGAAAGCAAAGACCUUCCCUGACAUACACAGCUUGACAGUACUUCAUGUGGCGAGUAAGAGUAGUAGCCCCGAGAUUGUAGAACUGCUGGUGAAGUACAAUGCAGAUAUAAACGGAUGCGAUGGAGAUGGCUUUACACCUCUGCAUUUAGCAGCGAUACAUGGCAACUUCCGUGUUGUUAAAAAGCUGGUUGAGCUCAACGCUGAUGUCAACUUGAAAGUGGAUGGAAAGGAUGCAGCUGACUUGGCUCAUAUGAACGAAGAAACAGAAAUAGAAGAAUUUCUUAUAUCUAAGAGAAGCUUUCCCUGAAACGAGUCAGUUGCUUAAUCGGUGCAAAGUCAGUCGGUCAAAACGCGCUAAAAAAGGCAGAACAUGGCUCAAGGCUCAUCGAGGAAAGUUUUAGAUAACUUACCCCGCAUACUAUAAAUGUCGAUCUUUUAAGAAAUGCACCGUUUUUUGUGCUACAAAUAGUCAACACAAAUCAAGGGUAUUUUGCUAGACCCAACAAUGGGUUGCUUCUAAACGCAUGUUAUUUGAUGAUCACAAAACUGAGAUUUCAGUCGAUAUGACGCUAGUACUUCCAGUACUGCGUUAACCGACCUUUUAGUUUCCUUUUUUCAAUUUUAAACGGUGAAUGAUGAUAUAUGAUUUGCUUCAUGUUUUUGAAAAUUUUUCUCUUUAUACGCUCAGAAAUCAAUUUGAAGUAGCCUCUAAAUAGGCAUAGAAGCAAACAGAGAAAAAAAUAAAAGGAAAAAAGAGAAAAAAAGGCGUUGAACGUUAUAUUCGCUUUGUUUGGCUUUUCAACUUGUCUAUCAACUUAAUUGGUCUCAUAAGUUAUACGUAUACAGGAAUAAAAGAAUAAUAAUAAUAAUAAUAAAAAAGGACCAAGUGGGAUUGCGCGCACGGACACAAAAUCCCACGCGAGGCGUAACCCGAAAUCUAAAAUAUAUAUAUAUCCGAUAAAAAAACUAAAAUUUGAUUUAAAUAAUUCAACUAUGAUUAAAUUUAGAUAUUGUACAAUACAGGCGUUAAAUUUCAUAUUUGAUUCAUGGCUCCAGGUGUUCAAACCUGUCAGAUCCUGCUGGAGAAUAUCACAGUCCUUAGCUGUCAGAAUAGUACGAGAUAAGAGACUAAUUCAAGAUACGAGGUUGGGGAAGCAUCCAAAAAUGUAGACAUGCGUCUUUCUCAAACGAUCCUGACAG